AUGCGUUCAAGAAUGACGAUUCAAAAGUUAAGCUCUCGAUUACAAUACAUCCAUGGAGAUGGAAUGAUGAAGAUGACGUCGAUCCUUCAAUGUUCAUCAAUCAUGAAGAAAUUUGAGAGAGAGUAUCAUUACAAGUGCGGUAUUCUUUCGGAUUUUCAAAAUGAUGAAAUCAAGUUCCAAAAUCCAUCUCCGAUCAAUCCUACUUCAUCCAUUUUACCGAAACUCAAUGAGAAGGUUCAAAGUAUAGAUCAUAUUCAAUCUGUAAAAUAUCCAAAUUAUGGAAAUCAGGUUGAACCGGCAAAACUUACUGCAUGGCUCGUUCAAGAAGGAGAUCAAGUUCAAGUGGAUCAAAUGGUAGCUCUAUUCGAAACGGAUCAGGUAACGAUUGAGAUGAGAAGUCCAUAUCAUGGAAGAGUGCAUCAAUUGUGUAAAAGUGUGGGUGAACAUGUACCGGCUGGAGCUACCAUAUUGAAAUUACAAGUUUCAGAACAUGAUUUUAUUGAGAAUGACACAAAGGCUACUAAUCCAGUUUACCAAUAUUCAGAAAGUUCACACCAAACAAGAGAUUCCCAGAAGAAGCAAGUGGCGCAACGCCAUGAUAAUGUUCAUUCUGUUCCAUUGCAACCUAUAGGAAAUGGGAUUUCAACAGUGAAAAUUGUGAAAUGGUAUGUCAAAGAAGGAGUCUAUGUGAAAAGAAAUCAAGAUGUCGUUCAAGUUGCGACUUCAAAAGCAGUGAUGGAUAUAACGAGUCCGUACAAUGGUAAAAUAAUUAAAUGUUGCAAAAAAGAAGGUGAAAAAGUUCAAGUAGGAUCCAAUCUGUUUGAAUUACAAAUUUCAGAAGAGGAAAAAUUCAAAAGAGAAUUUUCUGAAGAUACUCUGAAACGUAGUAGUUCUAAUUCUCAGAAUACAACUUCGUUUUUGACAAGAUCAUCCGAUCCUCCAAGUGAGGAAAAAGUUGGAAGGAGUGCCAAAAUGACAAAGGAUGAAAAGAGGAAUAUGGUGAUAUAUUUCUUGGUGUGUUGCUGUGUCAUUCUUGGGAUUACAUUUUAUGAUGUGUAA